AUGCAAAUUAAUGAAAUCUUCUUGGACCGAUAUCAUAUUACUGAACUAAUAGGUUCAGGUGGUUUUGGUAAUGUCUAUAGAGCGACUGACCUAAAAACCAGUCAAGAAUACGCCAUAAAAAUUGACGUAAAAAAACGAAACCAAACUCUAUUGGAAUCGAAAAUUCUUCUAGACCUGCAAGGGGGAGACGGAAUUCCCAAGCUGUAUACAGCAGGAAAAUACGCAGAUUUGAGCUAUAUGAUCACAGAGCUCCUUGGGCCAAAUAUAAACACGCUAAAAGAAGAGAGAGGAAAAAAGCUUGAGCUAAAUACAGCUGUAACCGUUGGGAACCAAGUUUUGGACAGGCUUGAGUAUAUACAUAGCCGCGGGUAUAUUCAUAGAGACGUAAAGCCUUCUCAAUUUUUGCUUUCUAUGAAUAAGAAAGACAUUUAUGUUUGCGAUUUCGGACUCUCCUGCAAGUAUUUUUAUGGGAACUCCCAUAUACCGUUUCGUGGCCACUGCAAUAGGAUCGGCAGUCCCAGUUUUGCUUCCCUUAAUCUUCAUUUAGGUUUUCAGUGUUCAAGAAGAGACGAUUUAGAGUCUUUGUCAUAUAUGCUAGUAUAUAUGGUAAAAGGGAGUCUACCAUGGAACCAAAAUAAAUUUGAGAAUUCAGAGAAAUGGCAGUCUAUUUACGCCCUUAAAGCAAAAAUAAGCCCCACGACGCUCUGCAAUGGCUGCCCACCAGAAUUUGAGAAAUUUUUGAACUAUUCCCGAGGACUAAAAUUUGAAGAAAAACCUGACUAUAGGUAUUUAAAGUCUUUACUUUCUAAUGCAGCUACAAGAGAUUAUAUGACAGGGUAUUUAGAAUGGCUCCCAUUUUCAGAAGUAUCUGGCAAGAGAAAGCGAAAAAAUCAGAAAAAUAAGUCAUUUGGCGACAAUUUUGAAGAAGAUAGCAGUCUUGAUUCAAUACCUUCAUCAGUAAGAAAAGCAAGGAGAAGAAGCGUCAAAACGAAAACCAUUGCCCCAGAUGACGACGUUAUGAUAAAAGUAAAGCCAAGAAGGUCUAUGUCUAUUACCAAAUUGGAAAGAAUCAAAGAUAACGAUAGAAAGGAAAAAAAUAUACUAUAUAGGAAAAUAGAGGGUUUGACAUUUUUAUAUAAAAAUUGGGAAUAUUUGCUUUUAAAAAGUAUAGAAACUCCAGCGGCGAUUCGUCACCUAGUUUAAUUGUACUGCAUAGAGUAAAAAGAACUAGGAGAAAAGGUUCAAUGGGCGCACAAAGUGAUAGUCCUCAAAUGAACUUUAGCGAAAGUCCUACACUUAAUCCAAGUGAAAGCAUUGAAAGAGAUAACUUUAUUAUGAGAAAUCUAAUGCCGGGGCUAAAUGAUAUUAAUGUAAGCCCGUUUUGUGAAAUUCCUACCCGUGACGAUAACACCCCGAGAGCUGGACUUCCUCAAAUUUUGAAUAGAGGGAUUUUAAGGGAAUUGAGGAAAAGAGAAAAAAUUGAAGGAGUUGGCUCUGAGACAGUCAAAAAUAUAACGAAAAAGCUGAGAGAUGAAGUCAAGGAGACUUCAUUAAAAAACGAGUCAAGCGAGUCAUGUAUUUUAUUUUAA